CUCAGUGUAUCUUCCUCGCUCACAUCUACAUACAUUCCUCGUAAUCAUAAAUCAGCCACAGAUCAUCCUGAGGCUGUAGAGCUACACAUAUCCACUGAACUGGCCACACACCGCUACUCUGAUCCCUUUCACCCCGCUCGUCUAGAGUCUCUCAUCGGUCCUUUUUGCACUUCCUCUCUC